AUAGGACUGGAUUGCAUUCGAAAUAUCAGUUAGUUUCGUUACUCACGCUAUCGCUUCAUGAAUCCUCUAGAGUCCGCUUAUAGUCCACCUUGAGAAUCAUGUCUCCACGCUAGGUUAGUGUUUAAGUGAGAACCAUUUGUUUAUAGGAGCCCUCGAGCUUUCAACCUCUGCUAACGUUCUUGUCUCACUUGUUCUUGGCCCUUUGAGUCCCUAAUUAUCCGAUAUUUUGCUUUGUUCUGAUCGAGGGUUCGACACUAUAAGCGCUUCAGCAGAAGUUUUUCGCGAGUCAAUGGGCUGAUCCAAGUGAGAACCUCAGCAUUCUGCUCCUCAUAGGGGGUGACAUUGUGCAAAAGACCACCAUCCAGCUCAUUGGACACAAAAUCCGCCUUCUUGGAACUAAAACCUAUCUUUUAAUUGCAUUCUCGUUUGGAUGGGCCACCUACGGAUUCUCGAAUCUCCUCACAGCCUUUACGAGCACAAGAUUGAUGCCAACGGCCGAUUGUCCCUCGGUUCUCGUUAACUGUUUCAAUGGAUUUGUCGGGAAAAAUCAAUCGUGGAUGCUGGGUCGACGUCUUCGUGACCACGAGAUUAGACAUACUGUGGAUCCCUGGCCUCAGGAAGGAGGUCGAGCUGAGUCUAUUAGGAUCGAUAUAUUUCACCUAGGACCUAUAUCCACUGCUUGCCGGGAUCCGAUAUGGUGGCUUGGAUGGGCAACACCUGUCGUCCAACUCGCCAUUGUUAUUGUUCCCGGGGUUUUGUACGGUGACUGGGCCAUCAUGCUGGUGACCUUGUCCGGUAUGAUCCUCGUCGCGAUUACCCGCGCCCCACCACAGUGGGCCGGAGAGAAAUGGGCCACGGCGUGCAAGCUAAAUAACGACAAGGUAGCUUGUCUCACUCGAGGCAAUGGCCACCUACACGUAAUGGUGUUCGUUGGUACUGAAGGUUCUUGGGACUUCGAAACGCUCGCAACGUACACGUCGGUUAUCCGGAGAGAAACCCGCUAGAUUUCUCUCAUCGUUGCUCUUCUGUAGAUCUGCCUCUUGAUCUCCUUAUCUCGUCUUAGGGAAUACAUUUGGUUUCUGAUAGGCAUCGG